AGCACAGUCCAGCUGACAAGGAUGGAAUAUGCCACGAAGUCCCUCAGCCUUCUGUACCCCAAAUCCCUGUCCAGGCCUGUGGCAGUGAGCACUACCGCGGUGGUGACCCAGCAGGUUCUGUCUGAGCCCAGUCGGAAGGCCCCCAGGGCCCGGCCCUGCCGUGUAAGCACAGCUGACCGGAAGGUGCGGAAGGGCAUCAUGGCAUACAGUCUUGAGGAUCUCCUCCAUAAGGUCCAGGACAUCUUGAUGCUGAAAGACAAGCCCUUCUCCCUGGUGCUGGAGGAAGAUGGCACAAUUGUAGAGACAGAAGAGUAUUUCCAAGCCCUGGCAGGGGAUACAGUGUUCAUGGUCCUCCAAAAGGGGCAGAAAUGGCAGCCUCCAUCAGAACAGGUAAGGUCCUACCUGUGCAGGGGGAAUAGGUACCAACUCUUCCUCUCUCACAAGCCUGACAAGAAGAUUGAUGUGGCCCGUGUAACCUUUCACCUGUACAAGCUGAACCCACAGGACUUCAUUGGCUGCCUGAAUGUGAAGGCGACUCUCUAUGACACAUACUCACUUUCCUAUGACCUGCACUGCUACCGGGCCAAGCACAUUGUGAAGGAAGUGCUCCGCUGGGCCCUCUUCAGCAUGCAGCUCACAGGCCAUAUGCUGCUUGGCACCUCCAGUUACAUGCAGCAGUUUCUGGAUGCCACAGAAGAAGGUCAGCCCUCCAAGGCCAAGGCCCCAUCCCUCAUCCCAGCCUGUCUGAAGAUACUGCAAUGA